AUGCGACUUGCCCCCAGCUUGAUUGCAAAACAUCCAGAUCCCGUCGUCGCAAACUCGCCAUUGGCCCUUUUGAUUACAUCUGGGGUCCUCACAAACGGCGGAUUCUUUUUCGUUAACCUCUUGAAUAUGCUCGAUCCUCGCGGGUGGAGAGUUGACCGAACACCGCCAGAAGCUUUACCUUGGGGUUGGACGGCUGUCGAUCUGUGGACGGCGCCGCACACACCCAGAGACUGCACAUGUCCGAGCGAUUCACCCACAUCUCAACCCUCUUCCCGCUCCCCUCUCAUUCCUGGUCCAGUCUUCCCAGAAUCAACCGUUUUGGGCCAAUAUUCAUUCGAGAUCUCGGCUCGGGAGCCCCCAAGCGAUCGGAUGAGAAGCCCGUCGCUCUCGAGGCUUGGACUCACACGGAUGCUCGCUCCUGUGCAUAGUCAUCCUAGUCACUUUGUUCGUUCUUCGAACCUGGUGGAAUGGACCGCUCCCGAGCUUCAAGACCAAGAUCAAGAAAUCCCAGCCCUCGAGUCCAACAUCGUUAUCCGAGAAACCAUCGAGCGCCGUAACAUCUGCCGAAUUGAUUGA